UCUCCGGGAAGGAGGGAGGGAGCGGGCGGGCUGGGUGGACGCGGCCGGGCCUGCGUGUGUGCUGGGGCCGGCGGUCCCGCUCAGGGUGCCACGUCUACCGCCCGCCCCCCGCACGGCCGCUCUGGGAGCAUGGCCGGGAGAGGCCCGGGCUGCGUUCUACAGCUGCCGGCCGGAUCGCAGCCGCCCGGCGGCGGCCUCCUUUACCCCGGGGAAAGCGAGGGGCUGGAGGAGGAGAGCGAGGUGUUCGAGCUGCGGCCGCGGGGCAGGGAGAAGGUCCGGCGGAGCACGUCGAGGGACCGGCUGGACGGCAUCAUCCUGCUGACGAAGGACAUCCAGGAAGGGGACACGCUGAACGCGAUCGCGCUGCAGUACUGCUGCUCGGUUGCAGAUAUCAAGAGAGUUAACAAUCUUAUCAAUGAUCAAGACUUUUUUGCUCUGAGGUCUAUCAGAAUUCCAGUGAAAAAGUUCAGUGUAUUGACUGAAACACACGUGUCUCCAAAAGGAAGAACAGUUCUUCGGCCUGCUCUCUAUUCCCCCGAAGUGCAGGAAGCAUCACCUUCUGAUAAAUUCACUGCUAAUGAGACUGCUGGCAACUUCUUAAAGGAAGUGGAUCGAGAUAUAGAAGAAAUUGUGAAGUGUAAUGAUACAAAGAGGGAGAACCUUAAUGAAGUGGUUUCUGCCUUAGCAGCCCAACAGGUCUGCUUUGAAACUGAUGGGAGAAGUAAAAAAUGCAAGGAUCCGUACUAUGGAGCGGACUGGGGGAUGGGAUGGUGGACAGCUGUAGUUAUUAUGUUGAUUAUUGGCAUAAUAACUCCCGUUUUUUAUCUCCUUUAUUAUGAAGUUUUAGUGAAAGCAGAUGUCAGCCACCAUUCUACAAUGGAAUCUGCCCCCUCUUUUGUCACGGCAGCAUCACAUCAGAAACAAAUAGAAAAUGGAAGAAAUCCAGCUAAUAGUAUAAAUGUUGAUAGUCAAGGAGAACUCCAGCCUUACAACAGAAAACCCCACGCAAAUGUGAUUCAUAGGCACAUAACGUAGCAUUAGACGAGACCACAGAAUGCAAAAUGUAUCUGGAAUGCAAAGAAAAUACUUACUGAUACAUGAUUUAACUUUAUGGGCAGCAGUCCAGCAUGAGGAUAGUUCAAUGGAUGAUGUAAUCCUGUAAUGUGCUUCAGGCAGGAGGUCUUGGUGCAAGAUCGGGAUAUAAAUUAAGAUAUAAAAUUGUCUCUGACGCUUUGCACUUUUUUCUGUUUUGUUAGGUGUCUGUUUUCUAAUUAAUGACAAAGCAAAAGAAGGUAGUUGGAGCUAACACACAAGGAAUUUCACUGUACAUUUUAUAGCCCUGAAGUGGGCAUUUGGGGAUAUCUGUCUUUUAAAGUAUUUAUAGAAUGCAUAGCACAUUUGACAUUUUAAUAUCAAGUUUACACUUGCCAGUUAAGACUUUGUUCUUAAAAUUUUAUUUUUCUUAUAGAAUUCUUAAAACUCAAUCAUCCAAUAAUUAAUUGCCACUAUGAAGUCCACUUUUUGUUAGAGGUUAUUCAUAGAGGCAGUAGCUAAUACCUAAGGUGGAAUAUUCAAAUUCUGUGCCUGUGAUCAGUCUGUUCUUCUUUUUGGUAUAGACAGGAGAGUAGCCUGGUUCCUGUUUAUGUCAUACAUGUUUCUAUGUAUGUUGUAUGUUCUUCUGUAGAACAUACUUUAGAACUCCACAUCCCUCUCCAUGGUGUCCUUCAGUUGACUGGACUGGACUGGACUUCUCUUCUGGUCAGCUGUAUAUGAAAUGAAAUAAGUGGAGAUGUGUGAUACUUUGCUGUGAUUCCUUCAUUACUCUUUAUUUUAUUAUAAUGACUUUUUCUUCCUCCAUUUGAUCUCGGUGUAAAAGCAACUGAUUCUUCAGACAGUAGUUACCAUUGGGUUCUGAAUGUGCUAAUGUUCAUGUGCCCACGAAUCUGGAAUAACAACUUUUUUCCUGGAAUCUACAAAACUUCAGAUGAGAUUCAGUAGCUGCUAAUAAGAAGCUGAUGCUGCAACAGUAUAGACCAGUUGCAGCUUCACACAGUUCUUUAGCUGGUAUUCUUCAACCACUCUUUCCUUGAAUGUUUCAUUUGGUUUCAUGAACAAGCUUACUUUCCACCUUCUUUUCUUCCCUACCUGAAAAUGCUACAGGAGGAAAAACAAGCAAAAAGUAAAAGGACUUACACUUCUAUGGGGGGAGAGGGGCAGAGAAAAAAGUAAAGAGGAUCUUGUGUACUCUGAGUAUUUUUAAAUAAAAGCUGAUGUGUUGCCUAUAAUCUUUGGUUAUAUUUGCCUUGUGAAGUAAGGUGUCUGUGGUCCUGUCUGAAGUAAUAUUAACAAAGCUGAAGUUAACUGACUUCAGUCAGACUAAAGAAGUGAGAAAUGGAAAAACAUCAUUAACUUCAUUUUAAACUCUACCUUAAGCUCUCCUGUGGUUGUCUUGACUGUGUAUGCAGUAUGAAAAAUCUGACCAUUAAUUUUUUGAAUUUUGGAAGGAAAGGCUUGUGCCACUAUCUGUUGCCCCCCAAAAAUGGGGCAAGUGUUAUUUACUGGUGUUUUAAGUGUAUGAACAUGAAUUGGAUUAAUGUAUGUAGGUUGCUCUGAAAGUAAUGCCUCCUACUUAUUUUUAAGGUGGUACAGGGGGCAUGAUAACACUGAUAGAGCAAACUUUCAGCCAGAAAAUGCUGUUUUUCAACAUAUUCACUGCUAUUAAUUGAUUUGUGUGGAUGAGCAGAUUAGACACUCUUCGUUUCAUAGUAUGUUAGCUGUGCAUGGCUGUCCAGAACGUGACCUGUCACCACUGCUGAAGCACUGCUUGACCCAUCACUUCACUGUGCUCAUAAACACUGUUUGGUCUCCAUAAACAUUCGGCAGGCAUCAGUGGGUGCUGGUUAUUCUGCCUCUCUGCUGUCAUCAGUCCUACAAUGACAAAAUGUAACAGUAUUGGUGGAAAGGUUCAACCAUUACUGCCAUAUCAACAGCAUCUGCCUCUGAUGUCAUGGGCCAACAUAAAAUAGGAGGCACUCCUUAGAUUAUAUUGAACAUAUAGCCUAAAACAUGACAGAAGGCAUGGUACAAUUGGACUUGUAAACUAUUACAAGCGGCUGUUGAACACUUCAGUGAAAGUAUAUCUGGUGACAGUGUGGCUGCUCGCAGUUUCCACAGAAGGAGAGGCAUUAAAAUCAGUGUGCCCUUCAUGUUUCACAUAGCACUUCUUUUUCAAAUAAUCUUGUUAAAUAAUUGUUCUUUUCUUGGAAACAUGUGCUAAUAACACAAGCGUGAGUGUUCAAGUACCAGUUCUGGGUAAGGCUAUAUGAAAGGUUGUACUGUGAAGUAAUUUGUGGUGGCCAAUGUGAUGCCACUUCUAUGGUUAAAACAUCAAAAGCUGGUGAAUGUUUUGUGGCUUACUGUCACUGAGUUGUUAAAGGUGGCAUGGUAAGCAGUUAAAAAGGGGAAAUCAGUUAUGUUCAAUGACAGUAUACUCUGACCAACAGUGUGACACGUUCUUACUGUUACACAGUAUAUUUUAUUUAGCAUGUUUUUAAGUUAGGUUACAUGUUUUAAAUUAGAAGGUUAUUUUUAUCAGAAAAUGUAAUCUUGGAGAGCUUAUCUAAUCUUGGACUUUAGGUACAAACAACAGCUGGUUUUGCUAUUUGCAAGAUGCAGGGAUUUGUCCCGUCUUUUCCAAAGUACAGUGUGAAUGGCAGUGCAUCAUCUUCUGAAUGAAGUGAGUAAUUCCUCUGUAUCUGAUAUACUAAGUUAAUUGUAAAGCCAGUCUUUUAGACAUUGACUUGAUGAUAUCAAAAGAAACUGCAGGGUAAAUCACUUUAUAGAUUAACUACAACACACUGUUGGUCAGGAAGUAGGUUUGAAAUAUAAGUGCAUAUUGCACUGCUGGACCAUAUAAAAUGUUAAAUGCUUUAAAUCUGCUAUAUUUUGGAUUAUGUUGUCACAGAUAAUCUUCGUAUAACUGUUUUAUAAAGGUUCAAAGUAUAACUUUGUAAAAUAAUCCUAAAUGAGGAUGCAAGUCUUAUUUAAGAUACUUUGGCACCUCUGCUUUUAGGAAAACAUAAGGAAAAUGCAUAAAAUAAAGGAGUUUUUUUUAGAUUGCA